UCUGUUUCUGGUAGCCAUUUGGCAUAUGGACGAUGCAAUCAAGAGCUGAGUCGGAGCAAAUAGUUAGCGGAAACUAUAUUUAUAUUUGGUACCGGGAGGACUAGAUUUGGAACCGGAUUUCUAUCAAUCGGUUUGAGUUACUACAUGGAGAGAUCUUCUUCAUCCAUGGAGUUGGAUUCCGAUCUGAGUCUCAAGGCGACGGAGCUGAGAUUAGGGUUGCCCGAUUACUACGGCGGACGACGAGCUGCCCGAGGAAUCACAGGUCAACAGCAUAUUUCCGACCACCGUAUUGACAGUCGGCAGAAUCAACAACAAGAGAUCUUCGCCAGAAGCUCCGUCCUCCAACGAGUGAGGUCGCUGAGCGAAUCAAGUGCGUCCAAUGUCGAAGAUUGCGCUCCUCCUCCAGUUCCAGUAGGUCGGGGAUGUAUGUGAAGGUAGGGGUGAGCAACAGGUGGGUUGGGUGGGUUUUGGUCUCAAAUUGACCCACCCGUUUACUAGUGGGUUGGAAUAAUUGUGACCCGCAAUCCACCCACAUACUUCUGCUGGUUGGGUUGGGUGGGUGGCGGAUGGGUGCGGUUGGGUUGCGGGUCGACCCACAAAAGCAAUUCUCCAACUAGCAAUUAAGAAAGUUGACUAACAUUU